UCAAGAAACCGUAGCAACUAGCUAGCGCUACCCACCACUACACUCCCAGCUGAGAGAGCCAAGCAAGAGGAGGAGGCGAGGAAGAUGAUGAGGAUGGAGGUUGUGGAGUCGUCCGCGGCGAUGGCGGUGUACGAGCGUGUGGCGCGCAUGGCGAGCGGCAACGCGGUGGUGGUGUUCAGCGCCAGCGGCUGCUGCAUGUGCCACGUCGUGAAGCGCCUCCUCCUGGGGCUGGGCGUCGGCCCCACGGUGUACGAGCUGGACCAGCUGGGCGGCGCCGGAGGGGGGCGGGAGAUCCAGGCGGCGCUGGCGCAGCUGCUGCCCCCCGGCCAGCCCGCGGUGCCCGUGGUGUUCGUGGGCGGGCGGCUCCUGGGCGGCGUGGAGAAGGUGAUGGCCUGCCACAUCAACGGCACCCUCGUCCCGCUCCUCAAGCAGGCCGGCGCGCUCUGGCUCUGA